CCCCCCACUCCCAGUUCCUUCUGUAGGGUUGUAGCCGUGGCGGCUUUCCUGGCCGGGUCAGCUCCCGUUCCCUCGUCCGCCAUCAGCCGCCCUCCUGGCUCGUUUCGGGGUCCUUGGGAGUCACUGACGAUGAGCUGGCUUUUUCUCCAGCGCGCGCCUUUCUGCGGCCGUCCGAGCCCAUUCAUCUAGCGACUGGACUCCCUUGCAAUUAUGGAUAUCUAAAAGAGGAAGACAGUGUGGAGGGGGUAUCCCCCUCCCCACUCCUUUUGUUGCCUUCUGGAAACUUUCUUUGCUUGGACAGUAAUCCAGUUUUAUGUACAUAAAGAAAUGAAGACUUGAACUCUGAAUUUAUAUUGAUGAAAAUAUUUAUUUUUUUAUGUGCCAAGCCUUAAACAGCACAAUGAUUCCUAUGGCUGCUAUCUGAAAUUGAAUAAGAAGACCUGGAAAUCUUGAACUUUUUAUGAAGAAGCCAAGUGUUUGUUGCAUUUCUUAUUUAAGAAAGUAGUUCAGUGAAGAGUAAAAUGAGUUCUGUGGUGCCUGACUGCACCUUGAAGUGUCGAUCUCUGCAGCAUGCUUUGGAUAUUGUUUCUGUCGUGACCCGAGGAAGUGAAGUCCAGAUCAAGGCCUUCCUCACUUCUCACUGCUAUAAUGCAGCAACAAGCAAGGAUGUCUUUGGUAGGAAUGCCCUCCAUCUUGCCUCUUCUUGUGGAAAGAAAGGUGUGCUCGAAUGGCUGGCAGAAACAAAUGGGGUGGAUUUGAUGGCGAAAGACAAAGAGUCCGGAUGGACAGCUUUGCAUCGUGGCAUCUUCUAUGGCCAUAUAGAUUGUUCCUGGGCACUGCUGAAGCAUGGUGUGAACUUAUAUGUGCAAGAUAAAGAAGGCUUGUCUGCUUUGGAUCUUGUAAUGAAGGACAGGCCAGCCUAUGUUGUUUUCAAGAAUACAGAUCCUACAGAUGUUUACACUUGGGGAAACAACAUAAAUUUUACUUUGGGUCAUGGUGGCCAGCAGAGUAAACAUCAUCCUGAGUUGGUGGAUCUCUUUCCUAGGAAUGGUGUUUAUGUUAAACAGGUGGUACUUUGCAAGUUUCAUUCCGUGUUUCUUUCCCAGAAAGGACAGGUUUACACCUGUGGGCAUGGUCAAGGAGGGCGCUUGGGUCAUGGGGAUGAACAGACUUGCUUGAUUCCUCGACUGGUGGAAAGCUUGAUGGCUCAUCAGUGUUCUCAGGUUGCAGCAGCCAAAGAUCACACACUUGUGCUUACAGAAGAUGGAUGUGUGUACACCUUUGGCCUCAACACUUUUCAUCAACUAGGUGUUCUUCCACCUCCUCCUAAUUGCAGUGUUCCCAGACAGGUUCAAGCAAAAAAUCUUAAAGGAAGAAUGGUGAUGGGUGUGGCUGCAGGCAGGUUCCAUACAGUGCUAUGGACCAAAGAAGCAGUAUAUACAAUAGGAUUGAAUGGUGGACAGUUAGGAUACUUGCUAGAUCCUAAUGGAGAGAAGUGUGUAACUGCUCCUCGCCAAGUCUCUGCUCUGCAUCACAAGGACAUUACUAUGUCAUUUGUUACUGCAAGUGAUGGUGCCACAGUAUGUGUUACUGAGAGAGGAGAUAUCUAUUUGCUCACAGACUAUCAGUGCAAGAAAAUUGCUUCCAAACAACUAAACCUAAAAAAGGUUCUCGUUACUGGAGGGUAUUUAGACCACAGAGUUGAUCCUCAACACCUUAAAGAAAGUGGAGGCCAGAGAAUUUGUAUUCUUGCACUGGAUCAAGCUGGGAGAGUCUUUUGCUGGAAAUCUGCCAACAAUCCUAUGAAGCAGUGCCGGUGGGUCUACGGCCGCCAAGUCUACAUGUCUGAUAUUUCUUUAAAUAAGAAUGACUUGAUGUUUGUUACACAAGAUGGUGAAGCUUUCAAAGGAAAAUGGAUGGAUGGGAACAAAAAUUCAGAUAAGAAAGCAGAGAUUGUUUCAAACCUUAAGAAUUCAUCAAAUGAUAUCUCAUCCUAUGAUACAAACAGUGCAUAUGAACGAAUACAACUUGAGAAGCUGGCUUUUGUUCACAGAGCAGUCAGUGUUACUACAGAUCCCAGUGGCUGUAACUUUGCUGUUUUGCAGUCUGAUCCAAAAACAAGCUUAUAUGAAAUUCCAAGUGUUUCAGUGUCUAGCUUUCCUGAGGAUUUUGGCAAAUUGUUGGCAGAGGCAGAAGUGAUGGAUACCAUCCAUGAUGUGACUUUUCGGGUUGGCACCCGGGUUUUCCCUGCACACAAGUAUAUUUUGGCAAUGCGCUCUGAUUUUUUCCGGAAGCUCUUCAUGUCAGAUCACAGUUGGUUGGAUCCUGCGGACAUUUACCUUAAAGAGGAGGAUGAUGCUGGUUGCGAUCUCUUUGUGAUUGAAAAACUUCAUCCAGAUUUAUUUAUGUACCUUCUGCAGUACAUGUACACAGAUUCCUGUGAUCUUCUAAUUCAAGGUCAGAAGCCCAAAAUGGUGUGCAAAGGGAAGAUAGAAGAGAAUGAAGAUACCUUAAUUACAAACUUGAAUAAAAUGGCUCUUCAUGGGGAUGUGAAUAAGAAGUCCGCAUUUGAGGUUUACAGAAGUAAUCAAAUGCACAUGGAAAAUGAGAAACAAAAAAGUAAAGCAAAAUCCACUUACAAGAAAUGCAAGGGUGCUGGAGAAGAUGGGAACCUUGUCAAAAUGUUACAAGUUGCUGCCAAGAAAUUUGGACUUGGCAGUUUAAGUUCAAGGCUAGAUGGAGUGAGAAUAGAAAAUGGAAGAAUUAACGUUGUCAACAAAAAAAGUGGGAACAAACCAAAGCUAAACCAGAAAAAAUGUUCGUACCUCUGUGAUGUGACCAUGAAGUCUCUAGAUGGAAAGGAGCUCCCCUGCCACAAGUGUGUACUGUGUGCAAGACUUGACUACUUUCACAGCAUGCUGAGCAGUUCCUGGAUUGAGGCAUCACGUUGUGCAGCUCUAGAAAUGCCAUUCCCCUCUGAUAUCCUGCAGGUCAUCUUGGAUUAUAUUUAUACAGAUGAGGCAAUUACAAUAAAAGAGUCACAAAAUGUGGAGUUUAUCUGCAAUGUUCUCGUGGUAGCUGACCAGCUCCUUAUGUUGAGACUGAAAGAAAUCUGCGAAGUAGCCAUUACAGAAAAGCUUACGCUAAAGAAUGCUGCUGAGCUUCUGGAGUUUGCAGCCAUGUAUAACGCAGAACAGUUGAAACAGUCUUGCUUGCAGUUCAUAGUACUAAACAUGGCUGCUAUACUCGAAACAAGGGUUCUGGAUGUUUUACGUGAUGAUGUCCUCAAGGAGCUUUCUGUUUCUUACAGGAAAAUGAUUCCUGCUAUGGUCAGAAGAGUAAUUACUCCAUACCAAGGAGGCCCUGAUAUUAGUUAUUUGGAGCCUGAGGAGGGAGAGGAGUUUGUCUUCCUGAAAGAAGAACUAAGUGCAGAGCACUCUUCUCAGGAAGCUCUUCUGAAAAAAGCUAAAGCAAAGGCUAAAAAGAAGCCCCGAAGACGAUCAGACAGCUCAGGAGGAUAUAAUCUGUCGGAUAUUAUUCAGAGUCCAUCUUCUACAGGAAUACUGAAACUGGACAAAUCUAGUUCCGUUGAAUCCCUCCCUGAAAUGCUGAUGUCUGAUUCUGAAGGUAGCUAUGUAGGAGUGAACAGUCCCAGAGAUCUGCAGUCUCCAGAUUUCACAGCAGGAUUCCAAGCAGAUAGGUUUGAGGUGAAAGAGAAGACAUGCAUUUCCAGUACUGUCACUCUACAUACCAAUAAAGAGGGCAGAAUAUGUGAUGGACCAUCAGUGCAAAAAAUAUCUCUCCCACGGUGCAUUCCUAAUAACAAAAACACCUCUGCAAGCUCUUCCAACUGGGUUGUCAGCUCUUUCAGUCCUGCCAGUCCUCCAGCCAUGGAUUUAAGAACUAUUAUGGAAAUUGAAGAAAACAUGCAAAAAUGUGGAAGUGUGCCAAAGAUCAAUUCAAGUAGGCCAAGUCCUCAUGCGAGCAAGCUUUCCCAGAAGCAAAGGAAACUGAUAGCGCUGGCUGCGAAGGAGAGCAACCCAGAGAUUGUGCCGGAUGCUGUUGUGCCACCUGCAUCCCCUAAAACUCCCAAAGCAGGGAAUGUGUGGGCCUCUCCGUUGCAUUCUACUUUGCCAAAAUCAUUCCGUGAUCUCCUAGUGGAGGAGAAGAAGACAGGUGGUGCCAGUUCUGGAAAAGUUUGUACUAAAGUGGUGGAGGAUGCUCCAGGUCAGAAAUCUCUGAGACCUCUAACUGCCACGGUUUUUGGAACAGAAAAUGAACAUUCUUAUGAGCCAACACAGUUGGAAAACCAGAAUCCUUGGUUAGCAGCGUCUGUGGGGAGUCCGCCUGCAGCAACACCCAUCACAUUUGCAGAAAUUGUUGAGGAAGAACUCCAACAAGAGGCUGCUCUUAUUCGUAGUAGAGAGAAGCCUUUAGCUUUGAUCCAGAUUGAAGAGCGGGCUAUUCAGGAUCUGUUAAUCCACUAUCAAGCAGUUGGCAACCCUGAUGAGUUUGUGGUUGUGGAAAGGUCUCCGCAGGGGCCAAUAGCUGCUCCUAUGUGGAACAAACACUAAUGCAAACUUUUCUUGGUUUUUUAAGGCAAUGUGUACACUGCACAAAGUGAGAUUACUUGUUGUCUGCAUGGAUCUGGUGGCUCAGUUGUGAGAAUGAGGAUAAUAAUGUGUGUCCAACCCUUUCAGUGUAGUAUGUGUUUUGAAAAUGUAUCUUCCUUACCAAAUGGCAUCUGUAGGUUGUGGUUGCUCACAGGGUGCAUCGUAUAAGGGAGGAGUUGAAUACUAUGUAAGCAAAAAAGAGUUUCCUAUAAUAAUUAGCAAAAGGUGUAAAGCUAGGUGUUGCUUCUCAUGUUAACAACAGGUCUUUUAUAAUCAUGCAAACAUAUUGAAUUAAGAUGUCUGAAUGAUCAACCAGAUUAUCCCAAAUUUAGGUUUCUUCUUUAAAAUACAUCUUUUAUGUGUAAUAACAGGAAAACAAGGUCAAUACUAUCUAUAGAAGCAACGGUGUCUAAUGACUGAUAUGUUUGUGUGCCUAUGUACUGCUUUUCUGGAUGAUAUUCCUAACCAUCUUGCCUUACAUAAAUGGCGAGCCUUUGUGCUAGAUAAGCAUUUUGUACUGAAUGAAGUAAAAUUAUUAUACAGAGAAACCUCAGACGAACCUUAACUUCUAUGUGAGUUCCUACAACAGCAAAUAGCGAGGAAUGAUAAAAUGUGUGGCACAAAUGGGCAGAGUAAAAAUAACAUGCUCAACUGCAAAAUGUUUUUGGGAAAGAGCAAACAAAACUAAUCAAGCGAAUGAUUGUGUGUAUUAAUGUUUUGGUAACUUCCACUUUUAACAAAUGCAUUGAUACCAUUUAGCACUGUGUGUUCCAAAAUCUAUACCUGAUUGUGGGUGAUUUUUGUUCUGCUGUUGUUUGAAAAUCUUCUGAAGAAUUGUUUGUUGACUGUAAAUGAUAAUGUACUCUUUGUUGGGUGGCAUUUCUGUUUGUUUUUUUGCAGGCGAGAUUGGGUUUACAUUGAUUUGCCCUUCUAAGAUUCAUAGCACGGGAAGGGAAUAAUCUUAGUCUGCAUGAAAAUUUAGUUUUAUCAUAUGGUUUGGUGUUGAAUCCCAAGAAUGGCUCUUAAACAGAAUUUGCAAUAAAGAGUAAAAUGAUGGAACACCACAAGUGACCGCAUGAUGCA